AUGACGAGCCUUUGUACAAAACUAGCUGCUCUAGAGGAGGCUGGGAAGCCGAUACAAGUUGGUAUCAUUGGGGCGGGGAAAUUCGGAUCCAUGUAUCGCACAAAAGGUGUGAGGUUUAAGAGGCUGGCAGCCAUUGCCGAUCUCGCACCAGAACGUGCCCUUAAUGCACUGAGGAAGACGGGCUUUCCGCGGGAGAAAUAUAAUGUUACUGCCUCAAUGUCACUGGAGGAAGGUCUUAAGCAGGGAAGGACGGUCAUUACCACAGACUCUGCUGCCAUGAUCGCGACCCCAGGCAUCGAUGUUAUUCUCGAAGCAACUGGCAAACCAGCUGCGGGCGUGAAACACGCCUUGCUCUGCUGCGAGCAUAAGAAGCACAUCGUCAUGAUCAAUGUCGAGGCUGAUGUGCUUGCCGGACCUCUUCUUACGAGAAGGGCGAAAGAUGCGGAUAUCAUCUACUCCAUGGCGUACGGUGACCAGCCUGCCCUCAUCGCUGAGUUGGUAGACUGGGCCCGCACCGCAGGCUUCGACGUCGUUUGCGCCGGAAAGGGAACGAAGCAUCUACCGCAAUACCAUUACUCUACACCGGAUACCCUCGCGAGUGGUGACUUUAAUCCCCAAAUGUUCAAUUCUUUUCUCCAUGGGACCAAAUCCGCGCUAGAGAUGGCAGCGGUGGCAAACGGAUGCGAUCUAUCUCCGCUCUCAGAUGGCUUAGCAUUCCCACCUUGUGGUACUCAUGAUCUGCCCGAAGUCCUCAAGCCAGCGAGUGAUGGCGGCCAACUACAUAAGAAAGGCACCGUCGAAGUCGUCUCGUGUGUAGAAAAGGAUGGACGAUGGGUACACAACGACCUUCGUUGGGGCGUCUAUGUCAUCAUCGAAGCACCAGGCGAGUACCAGAAGGAGUGCUUUAAGCAGUACGGUCUCAAAACCGACUCGACCGGGAAAUAUGCCGCGCAGUACAAGCCCUACCACCUCAUCGGACUCGAACUCGGUAUCUCAGUGGCAAGUAUAAUGGUGCGCGGUGAACCUACCGGCCAGACCAAGACAUGGCGCGGCGACGUUGUCGCGACGGCGAAGCGCGAUCUCAAAACUGGCGAGACGCUUGAUGGUGUGGGCGGAUUCAUGGUAUACGGCAAGCUCAUGACGGCCAAGGAUUCGCUCUUGAUCGAAGGGCUGCCCAUCGGUCUAGCACAUGGAAUUGUAUUGAAACAUGAUCUGAAGAAGGAUCAAUGUCUAUCUUGGGCAGAUGUAAGGUAUAGUGAAACAAAUCAGGUGGUCGCGUUCCGGAAGGAGAUGGAGGCUUUUAACAGGAAAGAGUUCCAUUCUGCGCAAUAA